CUACUGGCAGCUUAUGUCCACGCCACCAGCUGUAAUUCCUUUGCCUCUGUGCGGCAUUAAAGGUAUAUAAGCACGGCAUUAAGCUGUCAUGCACUGGACCCGAACAGAGACUCAUCACGCUCUGUGACAUCACUCUGAGGCCUUUCAGUUGAGUCCAACCUCAGGCUGGAAUCAAGAUGCCGACGACAACGAGGCUGAUUUCUGAUACCAAGUCAGAUAAAGCAAAGAAGGUCAAAGCAGGAAACUCACCCCUGGAGAGACAGACUCCGGUGUACGAGCCAAACAUCCCUGAACCCAAAUGCAGAGCUGAUCUAAUCAAACACUGGAUCAACCUUUCCCUGGACGACAGGACGGCCAACAGGACACUGUGGGUCUCAGAGAGAGGGACUAAAGUGGCUCGUAUGAGCGAUGAUCUCAAUUGUCCCGUAUUGGACAGACCAGAGAGAUAUGAGUACUCUCCACAGGUCCUUUGUAAGGAAGGCAUCAAGGGCUUCCGAGGCUACUGGGAGGUGGAGUUUGUAGGGUGGGUCGUAGCCGGUGUUGCGUACGAAAAAGCAGGAAGGAGGAACAGCCACGGAUCCUGUGGUCUGGGAGAGAACGAGGAGUCCUGGGGCCUUGGCUGGUGUGGCACCAGUUAUCAUGCCUGGCACAACGGCUCCAACGAAGAGAUCAAGGACAUUCCCAAGUGUUCUAUCAUAGGCAUAUACCUCGACCAGCCUGCUGGUGUCCUCAAUUUCUAUGCUGUGGAAGAGGUGGAGGAGGGUGAGGAGGGUGCAGGAGGGAAGGAGGUUAAAAUCUUGCACCAAGUGAGGAGCUCCUUUACGGAGAGGAUGAUACCAGGUUUCUGGAUGGGGACUCACUCUGAGUGUUCCAUCGUACAGAAGCAGGAUACUGGAAAAACAUCAGAAGCGUGUGAAAGUCAGAGCUCAUGAGAUGAAGACCGUGAAUUCAAUUCAGUUCAAUUCAAUUGAACUAAAUCUGGUUCCGUCAUUAGUUUUCUACCACUUUCAUGGGCAGUGGGGGUUUUGCAGGGGGCUGGAGCCACUCCCAGCGGACAUAGUGUAACAAGCAGGGAAGGACAGGUCACUAAUCCAUCAGACAAACAACCAUUCACUCUCACAUUCUCACCUAAGGGCAAUUUAGAGAGCCUCACAGAUGCACUUCUACAUCUGUGACAUUUAGACACUCAGAGCAUCUGCCCUGAGUGUCCAUCCAAUCUAUGACUUACUUUUGGUCAUGGAACUGUUGGUGACAUUACUAAAAGUGUGAGCCAACAGUGAAUAUCCACAAAGCCUAACUGGGCUAUUUAUCCUAAACCUAACCUGAGUCCUUUUCUUGGCCCUAACCUUAACCUCUAAGAUCUAAAUGUGCCACCAGUGUGUUUACAUUGUCUCUUUCACUUGUGCGGAUUACUUGCACAAGUGAAAGAGACAAUAUAAACCCACAUUCAACAACCCUUUUACGUGACCCAAAAAAAACCUCCUGUGACCCAUCGGUGGUUCCCAAACCAGACUUUGGGAAUCACUGAUUUAGAGAUUAACAUGCAGGAGAACAUGCAGACUCCACACAGAAAGGCCCCUGCUCGAACCAGGAGCCGAACCGAGAGCGGAGCCGGUGACCUCGUCGCUGUGAACCAGCACAGAUGAGCUACCUUCUCAUUCUCAUUCUGUGCCAGAGUUACAGUAAAACAGUAGUUACAGAUGAACCUUUAUCCCCCUCUCUACAGAACAAGGUUUAUAUUAGAAUAUAUUAUAUUUUUCUAUCACUUUAUGGUUGUUGUUUGCUAAUUAUAUGGCGUGUCGUCUAGUUGAGUGAUAAUAUGUGUAUGUCAAAAUGUCACAUGUGCAAUAGUUUGAAUAAAUACAUAAACGCAUA